CGGGGUAGGGACACAGUUGAAGAAUCGAGGAAGGAAUAAGGAAGGAGUCGCUGGUGAGCUUCCCCCUCUGGGGCACAGGCCAGCCCCUCGGCCUGUGCGGGCUCCCUGUGGCCACUGCAGCCCCUCCACCUGCCCUCCUUCCCCCAGGAUGACGCGGCAUGGCAAGAACUGCACGGCCGGGGCCGUCUACACCUACCACGAGAAGAAGAAGGACACAGCGGCCUCAGGCUACGGGACCCAGAACAUUCGACUGAGCCGGGAUGCCGUCAAGGACUUCGACUGCUGCUGCCUCUCCCUGCAGCCCUGCCACGACCCCGUCGUCACCCCAGACGGCUACCUGUACGAGCGGGAGGCCAUCCUGGAGUACAUCCUGCACCAGAAGAAGGAGAUCGCCCGGCAGAUGAAGGCCUACGAGAAGCAGCGAAGCGCCCGGCGGGAAGAGCAGAAAGAGCUGCAGCGCGCGGCGUCGCAGGACCAGGUGCGGGGCUUCCUGGAGAAGGAGGGGGCCAUCGUGAGCCGGCCCCUCAACCCCUUCACGCCCAAGGCCGCCUCCGGGACUGGCUCAGAGGAUGCCCAACCCGGCCCCAGUGCCGGCUCCGCAGGCAAAGACAAGGACAAGGACAAAAUGCUGCCCAGCUUCUGGAUCCCGUCGCUGACGCCGGAGGCCAAAGCCACCAAGCUGGAGAAGCCGUCGCGCACUGUGACCUGCCCCAUGUCCGGAAAGCCUCUGCGCAUGUCCGACCUGACGCCGGUGCGUUUCACGCCUCUGGACGGCUCCGUGGACCGCGUGGGGCUCAUCACACGCAGUGAGCGCUACGUGUGCGCUGUGACCCGCGACAGCCUGAGCAACGCCACGCCGUGCGCCGUGUUGCGGCCCUCUGGGGCCGUGGUCACCCUGGAGUGCGUGGAGAAGCUGAUUCGGAAGGACAUGGUGGACCCAGUGAAUGGGGAGAAGCUCACAGACCGCGACAUAAUCGUGCUGCAGCGGGGCGGCACGGGCUUUGCGGGCUCCGGAGUGAAGCUGCAGGCCGAGAAGUCGCGGCCCGUGAUGCAGGCCUGAGAGCCGGGAGACCUAAUAAAGGGCUUCGAAGCGACGGGCCCGCGCCGCGCCUUCAUUCCGCUGCAGCCCCGGGGACCUUCGGCCAGCCUGGUGGCGGCGGCCGUGCUGGAAUGACUCAGAGUUUGAAAGUGUCAGCUGAGAGUAUUUAAUGUGGUCGCAGGUUAAGAGUAAAAUCUGGGUUGAAUGCAAAUGCACAGGAUUCAAAGUGAUUAAGACUGGCCAGAGGUCGAAGUCCCAGCCGCCUCGUGUGAAGGUGGUGACAGGCUAAAUAGGACCCCCUUCGCAUCCUUUUGAGUUACCAAAUUCGAAGCCUGCAUCAUGCCCAGGAACACCUCCCCCAGAGUCGAGUGUGAAAACACACCCAGAGGAAGUAGCGCUCUUUGGGGGAGCAACAGGCAACCAGUCUGGCGGCUGCCAGGAACAGCCCUCCCCCAGCACCCACCGCAGGCGGGGAGGGGAAAGGAAACCGCAAGUGCAAAG